AUGGUGAGCAAUUUCUCCCAAGCUGAUGCUUUGGAGCUCUGCUAUGAGAAUGUGAAUGGAUCCUGCGUUGAAACCUCUUAUUCCCCAGGCCCACGAGCAAUCCUGUAUACAGUCCUUGGUUUGGGGGCCAUACUAGUAGUGUUUGGAAACUUACUUGUCAUUGUUGCGAUUCUUCACUUCAAGCAGCUGCACACACCUACAAACUUUCUGGUCACAUCCCUGGCCUGUGCUGACUUCCUGGUGGGAGUCACUGUGAUGCCCUUCAGCACGGUGAGGUCGGUGGAGAGCUGCUGGUACUUUGGGGAGAGUUACUGUAAAUUCCAUACAUGUUUUGACAUAUUCUUCUGUUUCGCCUCUUUAUUUCAUUUAUGCUGCAUCUCUAUUGAUAGGUACAUUGCUGUAACAGACCCUCUGUCCUAUCCAACCAAGUUCACUGUAUCGGUUUCAGGAAUAUGCAUCAUUCUCUCUUGGCUCUUUUUGGUCACAUAUAGCUUUUCUAUCCUUUACACCGGGGCCAAUGAAGAAGGGAUUGAGGAAUUAGUAGUUGCUCUGACCUGUGUGGGAGGUUGUCAGGCUCCCCUGAAUCAAUAUUGGGUUCUGCUUUGUUUUCUUCUGUUCUUUCUACCCACUGUUGCCAUGGUGUUUGUAUAUGGUAAGAUAUUUUUGGUGGCUAAGCAUGAGGCUAGGAGGAUAGAAAGUACGGCCAGCCAAACUCAGUCCUCCUUGGAAAGUUACAAAGAAAGAGUGGCAAAAAGAGAGAGAAAAGCCGCUAAAACCUUGGGGAUUGCUGUGGCAGCAUUUCUAGUCUCUUGGCUACCAUACAUUAUUGAUGCAGUAAUUGAUUCUUAUACGAAUUUCAUAACUCCGCCUUCUGUGCAUGAGAUAUUAGUGUGGUGUGUUUAUUAUAAUUCAGCUAUGAACCCCUUGAUAUAGGCCUUUUUUUACCCAUGGUUUCAAAAGGCAAUAAAGCUUAUUGUGAGUGGCAAAGUCUUAAGGAGUGAUUUGUCAGCAACAAAUUUAUUUUUGGAAGAAGUAGAUAUAGAUUAAAAAGAUAACCACAGGGACU